AUGCCGAGGUCGAAGGCUUUGCUCAAGCCUGCUUAUCUAUCUCAUCAGAUUGCUUCAGGUGGUGCUAUAUCAAGGCAGAUCACCGGCUCAUCUCAUGUCGGUCGCUCCUGGUCGAUAAACAUCCAAGCAGUCAAGACCCACCAGCCUCAGACCCGCCGUCUUCAUUCUACACCUCAGCCUGCCCUUCACAAUCUGUCCAAGCAGCUCCCACGCGGCCAACAGCCAAACACACGAGUCGCGCCCGCCCGGCAAACUGCAACAUCACCAUUUAAAUCACCUGCGAGGCAGUACGCUACGAAUCGAUCUCGACCCGGUCCUCUUGGAACUGCCUUCCUGCUCUUCCCAGCUGCCGCAAUCGGCAUCGGUGUUGUCACUGGUUACGUCUCGCUGAACCCAUUCUCAACAACCACCAAGGACUCUUCAUCUCAAGCCGCAGGCAUGUCGUCAAAACUCAUCCCGGCCAACCCGGCCGACGUAAUGGUCAUUCGCAACAUCACUCCCAAUGUUGUGACUUUCUCAGUGCCUUUCAAGAGGUUCGGAACGAUUCCCGUUGGAGGCCGAGGCACAGUGGUGAAGCUCACCUCGGGUGCGCUCGCCGUCUUCUCACCCGUCGCCAUGACUGACGACGUGAAGGCGAAGCUGGCCGAGCUUGGCGGUACGGUCAAGUACAUUAUCGCUCCAGACAUCGAGCACCACAUCUUCAUCACGGAAUGGCACCAGGCCUACCCUGAGGCCAAGAUUAUCGGCCCUGAGGGCCUGCCUGAGAAGCGUGUGAAGCAGUCCGCCAACGACCCAAAGAUCGGUAAGGAGGAGUUUGCCGUCGUUUUUACCGCCAAGGACAAGCUCAACAUCAAGAUCGACGAGGAGUUCGACCGUGACUUCCUGUAUGAGUACGUCGACAGCCACGCCAACAAGGAGCUGGUGUUCCUGUACAAGCCUGAGAAGAUCAUGAUCGAGGCCGAUCUCAUGUUCAACCUACCCGCUGAUGAGCAGUACUCGAAGUGCCCUGAGAGCGAGAAGAAGGUCGGGUUCCCUGGCAAGCUGUUUGUGAAUAUGCAGUCGACCGAAGGCGAGGCCAAGGGCAUGAAGAGGUUCUUGUGGUAUGUCUUGAGCGCAAGGGACAGGACCGGUUUCAAUGAGAGUGUCAAGAGGAUCGAUGCUUGGGACUUCGAAACGCUCAUUCCUUGCCAUGGAGAGACCCUGGUGGGCAACGGAAAGGAGACCUUCAGCCGGAUCUUUGAAUGGCACCUGAACGGCAAGAAGUAG